GGGGAUCCCAAAGGUUGGGCCCGCGGCUUCGUCCCCUUCGGCCGAGACAGACGAGUCGACGCGCCACCGUCGCCGCCUCCGCCUCCGCGUCGCCGCCUCAUCCCCGUCUCCGGCGGCUUCCCGUAGAUCAAGUGAAUGAUGGAGGCUGAUCUCAAGGCCCAGGCGACCACCGCGAUGGGUUUGCUGCAUGGCAUCUCCCAUGCGAGUUUGCCUCUUGAGUUCAUCGACUCAGCUCUGCGCACCAUCCAGGAAACCGACUCUGCCAUCAGGCCGCGGGUCCAGCCAGAUAAUGCUGCGCAACGGCUCACCUCCAGUCACUCUCUGGCCUUUGCGACUCGCGAGGUAGCCGAGCUGGAGCUGUCGGUGGAGGCAGCUAUCACCGUCGUCUCCCGCUGGCUUGAUUCCAAGGUGGAUGGACUGCAGGGGCUGCCCGCCAACACGUGGAGAGUCCAAUCAGAUGAGUUGGUCGCUGCCGUGGCCAAUGCCGGUGAGAUGCUUGAGGCAGCUGCAAUGAAUUGGUACUAUGCAUCUGGUGUCCUUGAUGUAAUCGUCACUUGCUGGUUCAACCACAUUCCUCUCAACAUUCGCGAGGUUUGGGUGCAGGAUGCGAGGACAUCGCUCGCCUCCGCCCGUGAUCAUCUGAAUGAUGCGCGCGCCAGCGUCAGCAAGGCAUGCGCCGCUGCCGCCAGAGCCCGUGAUGCUGGGAAGAUUAUCCUUGACUUCCUGUAGUAUCAAGGCUAGCAUCUUUUUAUGGCUUCCUGUAGUAUGAAGACUAGCAUCUUUUAUGGUUCGCGCUGAUGUUUAUCCUUGACUCCCUGUAGUAUCAAGAGUAGCAUCUUUUAUGGUUGCCGCUGCUGUUUAUGACUCGUAUCUUUUUGGAUAAGAAUUUGCAUUCGUAGCUGUAUACGUACUAGUAUAUGUUUGGUCAUGUGGGAGUUGGAAACUAAAGUGUAUGGCAUUGAUAUAUAUUAUCAAUA